AUGGCUGGCAAUCCGGUGGGCCACCAUCUGAAGCUGAUGAUCGGUCAAUUCGUCGUCAUCGACGAGUCUCCUGGGAGAGUCGGUAACGUGAGCCUUACCCCAUGGGCCCUCUAUCUAUACGCCGCACAUCUCACCUACUCUUUGGCCAUGGAUGAUAUUCGAGCUGGCAUCGUCUGUCACAUCUGA